UUAUUUUAUCUCAUUUCAAAGAUUAUGAAACGUAUACCUUAACAUAUUUUCUCAUGACUCAGUUACGUACGAAAUAUUGAGAUCGUGGUUCGGUCUGCGUGUAAUUUAUUUCCUGCCUGGAUGUGAAGCGUAUAAAUAAUUCAGUUGUUUACGCUGCAUACGCAUUGUAAUAAUAAAAAGUUUAAGUGUAUAGCAAUAUGGUGGUUAGACAUAAGGAUAUUUUCUUCGCAAAUAUUGCAGGCGUUGACCACGGAGAAUGUCAUUUGGAUUUGUAUCUUCCUGAUAAAUUGCAGGAUCGUGAUAUCAGAUACUCAGACCAGGAUUUGAAUGAGGAAAAGGCAACUGAGGAUGAUAAAUACGAUAGUAUUAAGGAAGUUUUAAAUGCUCAAGAUGACAGAAGUAAUGUUUCAGUGGAUAGCGAGGGGAUUUACAAUCAGGAAAAACUCUUGACGGGUGACGGGACAAGAGAUAAAAAUGUUGACACAUUUUAUUUAGACAGUGGGAGGAGUAAAGAUACGGAUUCAGGUAGCUCCGGUGUGCCUUUCGUUUUAUUUAUUCACGGAGGCGGCUGGCGACGCGGAGGACGUGCGGCAUGGAAGCACUUCCUUUAUUUCGAUGUUAACUUCCUUGUUGCUUUUUUACAGUUUUUUGUAGGCACUUACGGCAACAUAGGCGAGGUCCUUGCCGAGAACAACAUAGCGUGUGCCGUGGUUUCUUAUCCUCUUACAGAGGCGGGGCCAGUGGUAUUGUUAGUAGAAAUGCUCCUUUCGUACAUACAGUCCGCUUUCUUUGUGUUUGUCAGUUCUUUACCAAUAUUUGGAAUAUUAUUACUCUAUAGAACAAUAUUCCACAGUAGUCACAACAACACAUACGAGCUUAUUUUCAAGGAAAAUGACACAUUCAGUGUUUUCAGGGCGUGUGUUCUUCUUGCUUCGCUUAUUACGAACAUCGCAACGUCACUGCUCUUUUUCUUAAGUAGGAGACAAUUCAACAUUUCAUUUAAGCAGAUAAGAUGUUUAAGUGUAGCCCUGGGCGUGUCUUUAGUAAUAGCUUACAACUCAAGUUCUCCAGUGCACCAUCUUGUGAUUUUAACAUUAGUUUUGAACCAGAUCAUGAUAUUUUACCAAAGAAUUAGACGACACGGAUCAACGUAUGAAGAACAGGUCAAGGCGGUGGCUCAAGCGGUAAAAUGGGCUAAAUGUUUCAGUGAAGAGACUGGAAAGACGGAUGUAAAUCGUUUAUACUUGAUGGGUCAUUCUGCAGGCGGUCACUUGGUAACCCUGUCGGCUCUGGACGAGUCUAUUCUGGCCUCGGUUGCAUGUUCCACAAAUGAUUUAAAGGGUGUUAUUUCCAUAUCCGGCGUGUAUGACCUUCUCUGCUUAAACAAACAUUGGCUACGUCACGUAUACCUGGAGCCGACAUUUGGCAGGAGCCCGAACAAGUGGCUUGAUGCAUCACCAGCGCAUUUAGCAAAGAGGACCAAAAGUUCAAAUAUUAUGCCAAAAUUUCUUUUGAUGUUAGCCGAAAAGGACUUAUUUUUAAAAUCACAGUCUUUCAAAUUCGCAAGGACAUUAGACGAGCUGCAGGUUGAAUGUAAGCAUGUCGAAAUAAGAAAAUCAAACCAUUUUAAUAUUGUAACAAACACAAGUACCAGGGAAGGGUCAACCCUGUCUCAUGUUUUAGACUUUGUUAAAUAGUUGGUAAUUUUGAAUAACAAGUUAGAAUGAAUUGUUUAGAUAAUUAUUUUUAUCUGUCGAACGCAACCACCAGUAAAGGGUAAAGUUAUGAAAGUUUGAUAGCAAACCUUUUAAUUAUUGUAUUAAAAAAAAGAAAGAAAUUAAACAAAAACGGUGAAGGAGUAGCCCUAUUAUAUAUAAUAGACUUUGUUAUGUUUGCAAGAAUAAAUACAUAUAAAAUCUA